AUGCCGAAAACGAAAGAUUUCGUGAUCGGAGCUCAUCGUGGACCAUUAUUCUCACGACAGGAGGAGGAUGAAGGACUCGCAAAGACCGAGUCUGCAAGUGGUAUCUCCUUGACCAAAACACCAACGCGCGGGGAAAAGUGGCGCCGUCACUGGCGUCGUUUCUGGCUCGUCUAUCUCGUUGGAAAUGUGAUUUUUCUGGCAAUAUUGCUUCCCAUAUUCUUCCUAGUUGUUAUCCCUGCCGUGGCACAACUGGUAGUCAACAAAUCAGACUUAUGGCUUGUCAACGCCCAGGUGGAGCAGCCAAAAGCAGACUCUAUCAUUUUGACCUUGCAAGCCAACGUGAACUUGAAGCUUGCAAUUCCUGUCCGUAUCGAGCCUGUGACACUGUAUCUCUUCGAGCGAGAGUAUGGCCAUGACAAUCCAUAUGCCGCAGUCAAUAUUCCAGGUUCAACGAUCAAAGGCAACUACACCCUUGGGGUCUCUGACCAGUUUACACCAAUACAGAACCAGACAGUCUGGGAGAAAUUCGUCAAGCAAGUCCUUUUUCAGGAAGAAACAUCUUUAGCCAUGUACGGCAAGAUGACUGCUUAUUUGGGGGUGCUAAAGUCUCAUGUCACGAUGGACAAGGACGUUGUCGCACCAACCUUGAAUAAGUUCGCAGGUUUCUCCAUGUCCGACGCGACACUCCUCCUUCCCGCGAGAGAUGACGGCACAAACCUCAUCGGAAACAUUACACUUCCCAAUCCCACCGUCCUGCAUUUCGAGGUCGGCACUUUGAAUUUGGACAUUAAGAGUGGUGAUAUUCUCAUUGGCAACGUCACCAUCAAGGGAGUGACCCUUGUACCAGGAGACAACACUUACCCACUUACUGGGGUUCUCGACCUGAAGGCUAUACUUAGCAACCUAGGAGCCGUGCUCAAAGCCGAAGCUUCUGCUUUGAAGACUGGGAAUCUUAGCCUCCAAGCAACCACCUCGUCAGUUGUCUGGAAUGGCACAGUGGUGAAAUAUUAUACAGACAUCUUGAAGCAGCUCACUCUCAAUGCGGACAUUGGCCUCGCGGAUACUUUGAAGAAUACACUGAAGAACUUUGCCAAUGGGAAAAACCUGACCGGGAUCUUAUCUAGUCUCUCUGGAAAUAGCGGCAAUACGAGCACUGCCGUUAGCCGUCGUGACGAGAGGGAUAGUAAAGCGAGGUUUGAGUUGGCGCAACUGCUUAAGGAGGAUCAAGAUGUUCAAGAAGCCUUCCAUGAUAUAACCCCGGAAAGGCGAGACGGGAUGAUCGAUUCCUUGAUUGCGAUGUAUUAG